AUGUGGACGACGCUGCAGAGCCUGUACCAGUCGACGGAGAACGCACGAGUCAACAACUACUACGUGGGUGGUCUGUCCCACACCUGGAUGAGCUUCUACCUCGCGCAGCUCACCGACGACUGCCUCAUCCGCAAUGAGUGGAAUCUGUUGAAGGAUGUGGAGUCGUUCAGACCAGACUCUCUCAUAUACUCCUCCAACAUAUCAUCCACCAAAGCUGGCAAUGUGUUUGAGAAGCAGCUCGUGUCCAAACUACGUGGAGUGAUGCUCCACGAAGACCUCGAGGAGGUGACAAGUCGCCAACUGAGAGAGAAGCUGGAGAAGGAGAUGGACAUGGGGUUGACCGAGUACCGCGAGUUUCUCGACAGACACAUGUUGAGGAUCCUGGACAGCUCGAACAGCCAUCCAAGAUCCUGGAUUACCUCUACCUGGGCCCAUUCCACGGAGCACGAUCCCCUGCCAGGGUUCAGAGUGGAUGCUUCUAACCUCAGUGAGCUCGAAGCCUUUGGGGUUGGAUACAUCCUGAACGUGACGAGAGAGAUUGACAACUUUUAUCCCGAGGUCUUCAAGUACCUCAACAUCAGGUUGUACGACGUUCCUGACAGUGAGCUGAUCAAACACUGGGAGAAAACCUACAGAUUCAUCAAAGAAGCAAAAUGAGGACACCAAAGUUGCUUGUUCACUGCAAGAUGGGAAUCAGCAGAUCUUCUGCCACCGUGAUAGCGUACAUGAUGAAGGAGUAAUCAGAUGCCACUGGCAGAUGCAAGAAACACGUCAAGAGCAUUCGUGGUUGCAUCAACCCCAACGAUGGUUUCAUGAGUCAGCUCCACUCCUACGAGGGAAUCCUCACUGCCAGACACAACCCUCGCUGGGGUAAAUACGCCCCCACCCGACUCUACUCCAAACGCUCCGUCUCGGACCCGGACAUCAUGCAGUCGCUGGAGAAGGAGAGCUGGAGAGACGUGGUCUCCAGAAGCGGGCAGAGGAGCGUGGGGCGGAGGGAGG